CUUGAAUCCACCCCACAGAGUGAAGUCAAUUUCAAUGACUACUUUCACACAACAGGAAAUAGAAUUUCUGCAGAAACAUGGAAAUGAAGUGUGCAAACAGAUUUGGCUAGGCCUAUUUGAUGAUAGAUCAUCAGCAAUUCCAGACUUCAGGGAUCCACAGAAAGUAAAAGAAUUUCUACAGGAAAAAUAUGAAAAGAAAAGAUGGUAUGUUCCUCCAGAACAAGCAAAGGUGGUGGCAUCAGUCCAUGCAUCCAUAUCGGGGUCUUCUGCUAGUAGUACAAGCAGCACACCUGAGGUGAAGCCACUCAAAUCUCUUUUGGGAGAAGCUGCACCCACACUGCACUUAAACAAGGGCACACCUAGCCAAUCUCCUGUUGUAGUUCGAUCUCAAGGACAGCAGCAACAAGAAAAGAAACAAUUUGACCUCCUCAGUGACCUUGGCUCAGAUAUCUUUGCUGCUGCACCUCCUCAGUCAGCUGCUACAGCAAAUUUUGCUAAUUUUGCACACUUCAACAGUCAUACAGCGCAGAACUCUGCAAAUGCAGGUUUUGCAAACUUUGAUGCAUUUGGACAUUCUAGUGGCUCGAGUAAUUUUGGAGGUUUCCCCACAGCAAGUCACUCUUCUUUUCAGCCCCAAAAUACAGGUGGAAGCGCUGGAUCAGUGAAUGCUAACUUUGCUCACUUUGAUAACUUCCCCAAAUCCUCCAGUGCUGAUUUUGGAGCCUUCAAUGCUUCUCAGAGCAACACAACAGCAACUGCAGCCAGUAAAGCUGCAGUGAAUAAAUCGAAUCUCCAGUCAGCUGACAAAUAUGCAGCUCUUGCUAAUUUAGACAAUAUCUUCAGCGCAGGGCAAGGUGGUAGUGAGCAAGGAAGUGGCUUCAGUACAGUAGUGUCAGCAUCAGGAGGUCCUGCAUUGUCAGCCCCAAAUCAGUCAAGUGUGUCUUCAGACAAAUAUGCGGCUCUAGCAGAAUUAGACAGCGUGUUCAGCUCCACAGCAACCUCUAGUAACGCGUAUACUUCCACCAGUAACGUUAGCAGCAAUGCUUUUGGAACAGUACCUGUGGCUGCUACUGCACAGACACAGCCCGCAUCUUCGAGUGUGCCUGCUCCAUUUGGAGCAACACCUUCCACAAAUCCAUUUGUAGCUGCCCCUGUUGCCCCAGUGGCACCUUCAACAAAUCCAUUCCAGACCAACAGCCGAGGAGCAACAGGCCUCUCGGGAGCAAUGCACUCUCACAUAUUUCCUCAGGCUCAUUUUGCAGCAACAUUUGGUACUGCAUCCAUGAGCAUGCCUGCAGGAUUUGGAACUCCUGCCUCCUACAGUCUUCCUACUAGUUUUAGUGGCAACUUCCAGCAGCCCACGUUCCCAACACAGGCAGCUUUCCCUCAGCAGACUGCUUUUACUCAGCAGCCAAAUGGAGCAGGUUUUGCUGCAUUUGGACAGGCAAAGCCUGUAGUAACUCCUUUUGGGCAAGUUGCAGCUGUUGGAGUAUCUAGUAACCCUUUUAUGGCUGGUGCACCAACAGGACAAUUUCCAACAGGAAGCUCAUCAACCAAUCCUUUCUUAUAGCCUUAUAGACACUUUACCCAAAAGAACUCUUAUGUGGUCACAUAACAUCUCUGCGCCUCUUGCACUGUUGUCUUGUUUCACUGAUAUUAGCUUUAAACACAAAAGAAGUCUUUAAGAAGUAAAAAUAAAAGCCUGCAUUGUGUACCUUUAAAAAAUUAAAAAAAAAAAACAAAACACAAACCCCAAGAAAAUCAACCCCCCCACCAGGUAAUAACGUGCAAAACAGAGGGCUGUAGUAACAUCUUUGAACCUGUGAACUGGCAGGUAAAAAGUAGCGGUAUCAUGUAUAUUAAAAUUGGCUAAUAAGUUAUUGCAGAUACCACAUUCAUUAUGCUGCAGUACUGUACAUAUUUUUCUUAGAAAAUAGCUAUUUGUGCAUAUCAGUAUUUGUAACUUUAACACAUUGUUAUGUGAAAAAUGUUACUGGGAAAUAGAUCAGCCACUUUAAGGUGCUGUUGUAUCUCUUGGAAUGAAUGAGCUACAUCAUUUUAACCAUUGGUAUUGGAAGUCAUGAAGUUAAAUUGAAGGUUUGUUCAUUUCUCAAAAUGUUUUCUUUUCCUAAGAGCUCUUCUAUUUAUACAUGCCUAAAUCUCUAAUGUUAGAGGGAUACCUGUCUGCAUAAUAAAGCUGAUCAUGUUUUGCUACAGUUUGCAGGUGAAAAAAAUAAAUAUUAGAAAAAA